UCAAAAUAUAUUGCAAUGCUUGCUCUGUGCUAAGCAUAAACACGUGGGUCUUGAAAGGGAAACCACGAUACGUUUAUUGAGUAAGUGACAUUUUUGAUUAAAUCUACAGAAAGAAACACCAUUUUCAAACGGCGAAAAUUCGUGUUUAUUUCAAGUUGAGAGUGUAAAAAUCCGUACAAAAUGGGUAAAAAGGGAAAAGUUGGAAAGGAUCGUAAAGAUAAGUUUUACAAAUUAGCUAAAGAAACUGGUUUUCGUUCUCGUGCCGCCUUCAAAUUGAUUCAACUGAAUCGUAAGUUUAGUUUUCUGCAAAAGUCACAAGUAUGCAUCGAUUUGUGUGCAGCGCCUGGUGGUUGGAUGCAAGUUGCCAAAGAGAACAUGCCAAUUUCGAGCAUUGUGAUCGGUGUCGAUUUAUAUCCCAUCAAACCGAUUAACGGUUGCAUUAGUUUAACGGAAGAUAUUACCACCGAAAAGUGUCGUACUGCAUUGAAAAAGGAAAUACAGACGUGGAAAGCCGAUGUUGUGCUGCAUGAUGGUGCACCGAAUGUCGGUAAAAACUGGUUGUACGAUGCAUAUCAACAGAUCUGUUUGACAUUGCAAGCAACCAAAUUGGCCAGUGAAUUUUUGCGCAGCGGCGGAUGGUUCAUCACAAAAGUGUUCCGAUCAAAGGAUUACAAUGCAUUGUUGUGGGUGCUGAAGCAACUUUUCAAGAAAGUACAUGCCACCAAACCGUCGGCUUCGCGUAAAGAAUCCGCUGAAAUUUUCGUUGUGUGUCAAUACUUCAUUGCACCCGAUAAAAUUGAUCCGCGAUUUUUCGAGGCAAAAUAUGUGUUCGAAGAAUUGGAUUUGGAAGGUACAAAAACCGUUAGUUUAUUGCAUAAGGAUAAAAAACGUAUCAAACCUGAAGGCUACACUGAAAAAGACUUUUCACUGCGCAAUGAAUUGCAAGCAUCGGAAUUUAUUCGCAGUGCAUCGGCAUUGAUAGCGCUGCAAGGAGUCAGUGAAAUUGUUUUCGAUGAUGAGAAAAUCGCGACGCAUAAGAAAACCACCAAUGAAAUUAAGGAAUGCUGUAAAGAUAUCAAAGUAUUGGGUCGCAAAGAUUUGAAAAAUCUGAUUGCAUGGUGGAAAACAUUGAACGCCGAAUUUUAUCCGAAAGAAAAAGUCGCCCCCGUUGAAACGAUUGAAACGGAAGAGAAGAAAAAACCAUUGACACAAGAAGAAGUUGAAGAUAUGGAAUUUGAAGAGAUUGAAAAGCAAAUCGAAGAUCUGGAAAUGGCCGAUAUGAAAGAUCAAAAACGAAAGAAGAAGAAGGUGCAAGAAGCGCGUCGCAAACUGAAUGAGAAAAUCAAUUUGAAAAUGGUGAUCAAAGGUGAUUCUGGGCCACAGGAAGAGGAUGUUGAAAUAUUCAGUUUGAAACAAAUUAACAGUGCCGCUCAAUUGGACAGCAUUCAAGAUAUGGCACCCGACAUGUUACUACCGGAUGAUGAGCAAGGCAAUAGCGAAUAUAUUCCAAAAUACAAAAAGUAUGAGCGAGACUCGAGCCAUUUGGACGACGACGGUUUGUAUGCAGACGAAGAUAAUGGAAAUGAUUCCGAUGACAGUGAGGCCGCCGAUUCGGAUGAUAGCGAAGUGUUGGGAAAGAAGGGCCUUGGUUUCGAUGAAUCAGAAGAUGAAGAAACGCCAAAGAAGAAAGCUGAUGCUAAAAAAGUGAAGAAGGCUGCGAAAAAGGGCGAACAAAAUCCACUGUUGAUGGAUUUGGAUGUUCGCGACAAAAGCACAAAACGCGAUCAACGCGUUAAUUUGUGGUUUGAUAAGGAAAAAUUCAAAGAGGACAACAGUGAUGAAGGUGAAGACUUCGAUUUGGACAAACUUAGCCAUCAGUAUAAAACGAAAGGUGUUAAAGUACUUGGCGAAUCGGCUGACAAAGCGAGCGACACACCAGCAUUAAAACCAACUCUUGGCAAAAAGGCAAAACGUCGUCAACGGCAUCUUGAGAAAGCUGGAAGCGAUGGAAACGACACAUCAGACAGUGACAGUGACGAUGAAGUCGCCAAUGAUGCUGGUAGUGGUGUUAAGGCUAAGAAGAUCAAACUCAACGAAGAAGAAUUAGCUUUAGGUGCAAUGAUGAUUCGUGGUGAGAAAACGAAACGUGAUCUAUUUGAUGCGGCUUGGAAUCGAUACACAUUCAACGAUGAAAACCUCCCGGAAUGGUUUGUUAAAGAUGAAGCACAGCACAUGGUCAAAGAAGCACCAACACCCAGAGAAUUAGUUGAAGAGUACCAAAAGAAGGUCGAAGAGCUCAAUGUGCGUCCAAUCAAAAAAGUAAUGGAAGCCAAAGCGCGUAAAAAGCGUCGUGCCAUGAAACGUUUCGAAAAGGCAAAGAAGAAGGCCGAAGCCAUUAUGGAAAGCAAUGAUGCCAGCGCUCAAGAGAAAGUACGACAAGUUAAAAAAUUGUAUAAGAAAGCACAAGACAAAAAGGAAGAAGUCGCGUACGUUGUUGCACGCAAACAUUUGACCAGUAAACGGGUUCGUCGACCGGCCGGCGUUAAGGGUCGAUUUAAGGUGGUCGAUCCGCGUAUGAAGAAAGAAGUACGCGCCGCAAAAGCCAAGGAAAAAACGAAAAACCGAAGACGUCGUUAGAUCCAAUCACUUUUAUUAUAACAAUUACAAUAUACUUUUCUUUUUCUAUUUUAUUGAAGAAAUUGAUAUGAAAACAAAUCGUUUGAAAAUAAAAAUUAUUUUAUGUAAAAAUAACACA